AUGCCGAUUCAGUCAGAAUGGACGGUGGACAUUCCCGUCAUAGACAUCUGGUCAAUGUACUUUGAGCAGCCAAAGGAGUAUCCAGACAACCACGUUCUUCUCAUUGACGGCGAUACGGACCGUUCAUAUACGUUCUCCGACGUCAAAAAUGGCUCCAUCGCAUUCGGAAAGGGCCUCAAGCACAUGUUCAACUGGAACAAGGGCGACGUCCUGGGCUUCUUCACCCCGAACUGCAUCGACACACCCAUCGUAACUUAUGGUCUACACUGGGCGGGUGGCAUCGCCAGCCCAGCCAACCCAACGUACACCGUAGACGAACUUGCGCGCCAGCUGCUCGACUCCAAGGCCACGGCUCUCAUCACGCAGAAGCCAUUCCUCAAGACAGCAGUGCAGGCCGCGCAAAAGGCCAAGAUUCCCCUCGAUAGGGUCAUUCUCAUGGGCGAUGGGAGAGAUGAGACGGGCAAUCACAAGCACUGGACAGAAAUUACAGCCCAAGGCGCUUGGUUCCAACCCAAGCGGACUAUGCUGGAUCCUAAGAAGGAUCUUGCGUAUUUGGUGUACAGCUCUGGAACUACGGGCUUGCCCAAGGGUGUAAUGCUCACUCACUACAAUGUCGUUUCCAAUGCGUAUCAAUUCUCGCGACUUGAUGCCAAGACUAUGAACUGGGACUCAGAUAGACAUUUGGGUGUUUUGCCAUUCUUCCAUAUCUACGGUCUCUCGGUCGCACUGAACGUCACCAUGCAAACAGGCUCGCAAAUUGUGGUCCUCCCGAAAUUCGACAUCGAGAAAGCCUGCAAGCUUAUUGAAAAGCACUCCAUCACAUUCAUGUAUGUCCCGCCGCCGAUUGUCCUCGCGCUGGGCAAGCACCCCGUCGUGGACAAGUACGACAUGACGUCCAUCCGGUGGAUCAACUCUGGCGCCGCGCCCUUGGGUGUCGAUCUCGUCGAAGCUGUCUGGAAGAGACUCAGUAUCGGUGUGAAGCAAGGAUACGGCUUGUCGGAGACCAGCCCGGCGACGCAUUCGCAGUUGACCGACGAGUGGUGGAAGUUCCAAGGUUCCGUGGGACGUUUGCUGCCGCUGGUUGAGGCGAAGAUUGUGGAUGAGAAUGGCAAGGAGUUGCCUCGAGGGGAGGCUGGCGAAAUUCUCCUCAAGGGUCCCAACGUCUUCCACGGAUACUGGAACAGACCCGACUUGAACAAAGAGACCUUCACAGAGGACGGUUGGUACAAGACCGGCGACGUGGGCUACGCCUGCAAACGCGGCCACUUUUACAUUACCGACCGUAUGAAGGAGCUCAUCAAGUAUAAGGGUUUCCAAGUCCCACCUGCCGAAUUGGAAGCCAAGUUGCUCGGGCGCGAGGACAUCAACGACGUCUGUGUCAUUGGCGUCUGGGACAACGACCAGCAUACUGAGGUACCGCGUGCUUAUGUCGUUGUGCGUCCUGACGUCCAGGAGACGGAGGAGCUGAAGAAGGAUAUUAUCAACUGGUUGGGCGAGAGGGUCGGGCCGCCUAAGCGAUUGCGCGGGGGUGUGCGGUUCGUAAAGGAGAUUCCGAAGUCACAGUCUGGUAAGAUUCUGAGGAGAGUGUUGAAGGAUCAGGUUAAGAAGGAGGAGGGUGCUGCCCCGAGGGCGAAGUUGUGA